UAUUAUCCUCACUUCUUCAAUUUCACUUUCACUUUCUCUCUCUUCCUCUGUUUCCACCACGGCUUCAUCCGACGGUCUCUUUCAUCUUCAUUUCUUCAAAUUCCCUCUUCUUCUUCUUCUUCUUCUUCUUCUUCUUCUUCUCUUCUAUCUUGCUUUGCUGCUGAUUUAAUUUCUUUCUCUACCUGCUUGCUUACUUGCUUGCCUGUAUCUAAUGGCAUGCUCGUCUAUGUUAGCUUCUCAGAAUCUCCACACCAAGUUACUCAACAUUCGUCUAUUCAACACAAAUGGAUCACGACGCUCAUCUCUCACGACAAUGCCGCUAAAAAUUAACCCACUCACUCUUCAUUUUUCUCGUACACAUCAGAUCAAUGGCGGUUUUGAAGAAGAUCAAAUCGUCACGAGAAGAAAUGGAAUUCAACUCUAUUCGCAUCCCAAUCGGACGAAAUUCUCUGUCCAGGCUUCUGCAGCCUCCUCCUCCUCCUCCUCCUCGAGAUCUGAAACCUCAUCAAGCACUAAAGUAGUUCUGAUUAGCUUCACAAUUACUGUGUUGUUAGCUGUCGCGAAUCGUGUGCUUUAUAAGCUUGCUCUCGUUCCAAUGAAGCAUUACCCUUCCAUUCUUGCCCAGGUUCACACUUUCGGUUAUGUUGCAGUUUAUGCUACUAUACUAUUCAUGAGAUAUCGAGCAGGGAUUGUAACAGAUGACAUGCUAGCCAUUCCAAAAAGGAAGUUCAUGUUGGUUGGACUACUAGAAGCUCUUGGAGUUCUUGCUAGGAUGUCUUGUGGAGUGAUGCUCCCAGGACCGGCUAUACCUAUCUUGAAUCAGGCAUUCUUAUUGUGGCAAUUGGGUUUCUCUGCCCUGCUUCUAGGGAGAAGGUACUCAUGGAAUAAACUUGUUGCCUGCUGUAUUGUAGCUGCUGGUAUACUUGUGGCAGUUGGAAGUGGUCGAAACACUGGUAAUAUGUUAUCUGGAAUUGGGAUAAUGUGGCCAUUGCUAGCAAUUUGUGCAAGUGGUUGUCAAGCUGGUUCAGCUGUUCUUAAGGAAUCUAUAUUUAUCGAUUCAGCUACUCGCCUUAAGGGGAAGAAUCUUGACAUUUUUGUUGUCAACACCUUUGGUUCCACUUUCCAGGCUCUAUUUGUACUCCUCUUGCUUCCUUUACUUGCAAACUUCAACGGCGUGCCAUUUUCCCAAUUCCUCUCAUAUAUCAAGAGCGGUGCUGGCUGCCUUGUGAAUGUAGGAGGAGUUUCUUCUUCAAUGGGUGGUGGUUGUAAUGGAGCUCCCCUGUUACCCAUUCUUUACAUAAUCACGAAUAUUGUGUACAACAUAUCAUUGCUGAAUCUAGUAAAGGUCUCAUCUGCUCUCGUCUUUUCUCUUGCAGCAAAUACAUCAGUACCACUUUCGGUGUUCAUUCUUUCAUGUCCAUUACCUUAUCUUCCUCAAGGAGUAAGGCUGGGUGAAUUCUUCUUCCUAGGAUGUGCGAUACUUGUGGGUGGUCUUCUUCUAUACAAUGCUCCUCAAAGGACCAAAAAGGAAAUUGUGUAAUAGAUAGUUUUUCUUCUUCAUAUUGGUGUUGUUAUUGUUAUUAAAAUAUAUGUAAUGAGAAUAAAUAUUUAUAAAUAAAAUUUUAAAUGUUUACACAA